ACGAAAAUACUUCAUGAUCGACACCAAAACGACACAGUUUUAGUCGCCUGGCGCGUCACUUUCUCGGGAAAAUGUUUCCCCAGGUCUUUUCCGAUUGGCAGAUGAGAAAAUCACAGUGAAAGAGAAAAAGAGAGAGAGUGUGAAAAAUGGCAGGAACAGAGGAAUUUGUGGAAGCAGAUAACGCAGAAGCCAUAAUCACCAGAAUCGAACAAAAAUCUCGAAAGAUCGAAAGCUUACUCAAACAAUACAAACCAGUCGAAGCUCUAAAAACUGCUCUUGAAGGCUCACCUCCCAACACCCGAGACGAACGCUGCAAGUCUGCAAAUUGGAUAAUGGUGCAUAGAGCUAUUAUGGCUAUAAAAGAUGUUGAUGGAAUGUUUUCUUCUUUGGAUCCUGAGUACUAUGAUAUUCUCAUGAAGUACUUGUAUAGAGGCUUGUCUACUGGAGAUCGGCCCACAUGCGACCAGUGCCUUCGGAUUCAUGAAAAACUGACAGAGAGAGCUGGUCUGGGAUGCAUACUGCGGUCCCUUGCGGACACUGUCAAUACAGUUUGAUCUCAAGACAAUGUUAAUAUCCUCACUUUGCAAAUUACAACACGCAGUGUCCUCUUGUUGAUUGUUGAAACUUCACAGAAAGUUCUUGUCCGGAAUCUUUUGUAUGUUAUUGAUUUCUCUUCUUCAGACAGUUUUGUGACACAAUAUCAAAUUCCUCAAUGCAUUUGUCUUUGCAGGUGCACAUGAUUUCCCAGGACCCUGUGGUCUUACUUGUGUCUCCCCAUUUCCCCCCAUAACCUUUUUCCCAUGUUUUUGUU